UUUGGCUCCUCAUUGGCCGAAGCCACUCCGCCCGGACAGCGGCACGCGGACCAUGACGACGACACGGCGCGCGCUGCAGUGUCUUCUGAUGGUGACUAGAUUUGUUGAAUGUUUUCUGACAGAAGAUGAAUUAAACAUAAAAUAUUUAUACAUCAGUUAGUUCAGUCCCACACAAUGGUUAUCUGAUAAGAGCACGGUUACGUCACUUGUUCGUCCGUGCCUGUGACACUGAUUAGACUUACGGUAAUUAUAGCUUUGUUUUCUGCUGAUGUCAGCUGACGCUAACUUAACCAACCUACGUCAUCACACACUCAAACACGUGGUACUGCUUAAUUACCGCGCUCUGUUGUCUGUCACCCCGAGCUAAAUAUCAUUAACUGCACUAGGAGCUGUCGACUGCCUCGCGCCUGUCCCUGUACUCCACUCCACGUGCUCUGUUACGCAGCAAUACCAUUGCGUCACUCACGUCGGAGAUUGGCGCAUGCCUAUUGGCCGCUGUGGAUGUCGCUCAUCAGAAGAGCCGCCCAGCACCCAGCUGAAACGAGCGGCUGCGUUAAGCACAGGCGCGCGCAACAAACCAGACUGAAACAAAACACAAAACACAAGAAGACAUUUACAGCGCGAGCUGAGGGCCAAGCCGUAGUAUUCCAUAAGAAUACUGAAUACUGAGCAUUCAGUCGUUUUGCUGCUAGCUUGGUGGUGGUGCAUGGGCCAACUAAAACCUGCAGAAUGGAGUGAAGGAGAAACGAUUGAGUGUCUUUAGAACCAAUACCCACAAUGCCCCAGGAAUCCAGUUGUGUGGGGAGGUGUGCUGCCCUUCCUGCCAGUAAAAAUGCCAAGGACAAAAGCAACAGUGCUUCCCUGCUGUCCAGAACAAAGUUUCACACAGAGCAGGUGAUGAAUGGACGGAACUCCCGCUGCAGUUCUGAGAAAGACUCAGGUUAUUCAGAUGCUGGAUCUGACUAUCAGCAGACAGAUGUAGAUGAUCAGCACAGUACUGUGACUGAGUUGAAGGGCCGUAAACCUCAGAGUACAGCAGAUCAGGGGAACCACAUCCUGGUAUCGGGACAAGCGGAGUUCACACCCAUGUUUAUCAUCAAAAAUGUAGUUUUAAAACAGUCGGGACAGACAGGACAGGAUCAGGUUCUCCAGUCUUUGUGGGGAACAGAGGGCACUAAUUCUCAAAGUAAUCUUCUGUUGCUGCAGCAGCCUGGCAUCACUGUCUCUCCACUCCAUGUUCUUACACCACAGCUACGAAGAGCUGAGAGCAAGAACAAAAAGGGCAAAAACACGUAUCUCCCCAUCCUCAACUCGUAUCCCAGAAUUGCUCCUAAUCUGAACAAAAAAAAAACAGAGAAACCCCCAGCUAGCAGGGAGGGCAGUUCAGAGGAGCACAGCCUGAGUAAGAGAGUGUGCACUGAAGAAAUUAAAGAGGUUGUGUCUGAGAAGCAUCCAGACAAACAGCUGGAGAGCCACUUCCUGUCUCACUCUCAUUCUUUCUUACAUUCACGCUCUUCCAGUGGUGACUUAGAACAGAGGAGUUCAUGCCUCCCCCCUCCUGAACUAAAAAUUAUGGGGACAUCAGCCUUCACGAGUCUUAGCUCGUCAUCUGUUUCCACUUCAAAGACUUCCUCUCCAUCCUUUCCAUUUUCGUCUUGUUCUGAACCUGCAGCACAUUUGCUCCCCACCAGUAAGGUAAGCCUUUCAGGAGGCUCAGUCCCAGACUCUACCAUUGGCUUGACUCGGCACCGCCGCUUCCUCAACACAGUGGAGAUACUGAGCCAGUCAGGACUGCUGGACAUUACCCUAAGAACACAGGAGUUGCUCCGCCAGAGUGCUGCCACAGAGCAAAAUAUUGCUCAGCUGCGUCAGCAUACACAUCUGCUGUGCCAGGCUGUCCACGCAGGUUCCAAAGUGCCCACUUUGGAGAAAAUACACAGAGUCAUGGUUGAGUCUGGCUGCUAUCCAAAUCUCAGGAACUUGCUUUUCAUGGGCAGUGAUGAUGGAGAGCUGGAGGCUGACAGCAACUCCAAAAUUGAUGCCAUGAUCACCUACAGAUGUGGUUUUAAUGGGCAGGGGGAAGUUGCACCUCCCUCCCCUCUUCUCACUAUUGAGCCAGGCAGGGAAGGCAGAGAUUUUCCAUCAGCAGAUCAGCAGGACUCAACAUUUGGCAUGGAAUGGUUGAGGGCCCAUGGGAAGCGCCCGCCUCACAAAAAGCUUCUCGUGCCUCCAGACAGCUCAACUUGUGGGGUGGCUGCUGUAGAAACUUACACAGAGUAACACUCAGUCACUGAGUCAAGUAGUGUAAUUAUAAUAUACACAUACAUACACCCAUGGAUUGCUCACCUAAGUCAGUGAGUGCUGGCCUUCACUGUGGAGAAACAUUUUAGGUGGCAUGUUUCAGCCAUGGAUUAAUUUAUGAACUGCACAGCUUCAUGACAAGCUGUUUUUCUGUUUUCACAGUUUAUGGUAUUUUAGGAUAUUCACAAGCACAGCAUGUCCAUCAUUUUGUUGUCCUUUUCAGUUCAGCUUGUUUCCAGAUUGUAAUUUCUAUCUAUCCACUUAUUAUAAUAAUUUCGUUACAUCGACAUAUUAAAUGGCACAAUCAGGCCAGAAUUGGCCAUCGGGAAACUUCGCAGUGGCCUGAUCUGUCUUGUGACUGGAAUUGUCCUGUUCUUUGCCAAGUGGCUGGCAAAUGCUGUAGUUCCUAGAAAUUAUGUUCUGUCCAUAUAGUCAAAUUCAAGCAUAUAGCUAAUUUUAUCUUAUUAGGCUGUAUUAACCGCAGUAUCACUAUCUAGCAAGUAAAACCACAGCUGGCUGCAUAAUUAUUAGACUAUACAGCUGAACAUAUUUUUGUUAUUUUCAAGAUUGACCAAGAAAACGCACUAAAACUGAAGCCCUUUCAACAGGGCUGCAACUAUGUAGCUAGCAACUAUAAUUUAUAAUAAAAACUGAAAGUAGUAGCCAACAUUGAUAGUCAGUGACUAGCUGCCUGUGUCAGAAGGUAGGCCUACACUUUCCCAUCAGCCAAGUACAGGGAGCAAAUUUACAGGCACAGGGAAAACAGAAAGCAAGCAAGCAAGAAAUGAAUGAAUGAAUGAAUGAAAUGCCAUGCACAAAGAAAUGCCAUGAUCUUAUUUUGUAUUGUAGCUACAUGUAUGUGGGUCAUUUAUAAAAUCACUUAAAAUGCCCACCUAUUUGUGAGACUGAAUGCAUCACUUUCUUUACUGUAUUCAUUUUCUUAUUGUUAAAAGUAACACAACUCAUGAUUUUCUUUUGAGAUACAUUCACCAAUCAAAUCAUUAGGAAUCUCUUUCUAAAAUAGGGUAAAACUAUCCGUUCUGAGAUGCUUCUCUGCUCACAACUUCUCAAGAGUGGUUAUUUGAGUUAUUGGUGCCUUCCAUGUCACCUUGAACCAGUUUGUCCAUUCUGCUUUGACCUCUCUCAUUACCAGUGCAUUUCUGCUCACACAACUACUGCUAACUGGGUGUUUUUUGUUUGGUUAUUUUUUUGGCACCAUUCAGUGUAUAACAAGAUCUGGAGAUGGAUAUCAAUGAAAAUCCCAGGAGAUCAGCUGUUUCUGAAAUACUCAAACCAGCCUGUCUGGCACCAUGCCACAGUCAAGGUUACUGAGAUCACAUUUUUCCCAUUCUGAUGCUUAAUCUUAACCAUAACUGAAGCUGUUCACCCCGGUUUACAUGAUUUUAUGCAUUAAGUUGCUGCCACCUGAUUAGAUAUUUGCAUGAAUGAGCAGAUGUACAGGGGUUCCUAAUAAAUUGGUCGGUGAGUGUACAUUACAGUAGGUGGUUAGUGGUCUCAAGGUUUGUUGUGGGUAUAUGGGGUGGUGUAAGUGGAUUUGAGACUCCUGGCCUGAAUUUUUGUCCCAGUCCAGCCUGAGGCACAAGAGACAUAUAUUAAUUGUCUGAUGGCUUCAAAUGUGUUCGGUUACAAUAGAAAGACUACAGUAGAAAAACUGCACUGUCUGAUAUUUCUCUUUCAUUAGAAAAAAAUCCAUUAUAUGAGGUAAUAUAUGGUAUAGUUUGUGCUUUUAGCAUCUGUAGUAAUGUAGUGAUUGCACUGUGGACUAUUUGUCAUCACACAAUUACAUGCGACUACAAAUGGGUUUUAUGCCUCUACAUCACGAUAGCCUGCUGGUGCUACAUGACAUCCUGUAAGUACUGGGACAAAAAUCUCUUUCAUACAUGAACUUUCCCUUAACACUAAAAAAUGCAAAAUGCUUAUGAAGGUUUUGCAGUAGAAUCUUUUGUUUUGAAUUUGAUCUUUUUCUGUAGUGUGCGUUUCAUUUUUGUUUUAAUCUAUGCUAUAAACAGUAUUAAUUAAUGUUACUAAGGAAUAAUGUCUGGCUCUGUAUCUGAAUGUUAAAUAAUGAUGUUUUUUGGUUCCCUGUGAAGUGAACUACUAGAGUUGAUAACAGUUUCUGUUCCUUUGUUUAAUCAUGAACCAUGUGAUAAUUAUAUAUGUGAAAUGUCUUAGAAUGAUUGGUGUUCUUUACAGUCUUGUACUCUGCAUUACACUAAGGAUUUUGGUCAAUUGUGAGAGUUUUAUGAUGAUACAUAACCCAUUUAAUAUUAUUUCUUUAUUAUAUGUGUAAUGAUGUCUGGGAGGCUUGGUAAAUGUCUUGUUUAUUGCAGUUCAUUGUUUAGUUAUGCAAGAAGUAAUUCUUUUUAUUUUCUCUAUUUGGUGUUAAAUCUUUAUAUAGUCCACUCUAAAAAAUAUUAGGAACAGCAAGGCCCAUUCUUUGUUUUUGUGCUAUACCCUGAGGACAUUUAAGAUUUAAGAGAUGAUGAUGAUAAAAAGAUGAAUAUGAGACAAUAGAUCAGAAUUUCAGCUUUCAUUUCCUGAAAUUUACAUCUAGAUCUGUUAAACAACUUGGAACAUGGCACCUUUUGUUUGAACCCACCCAUUUUUCAAGUGAUCAGAAAUAUUGGAACAUGUGACUGACAGGUGUGUCUUCAAUCAAAGCCAUUGCACAAGCAUUGGGCAUAGCCAAUACAACAACUUGGAAUGUCCUGAAAAAGAAAGAAACCACUGGCAUACUAACAAGCAGACAUCGAACAUGUCAGAUGAGGAAAACAGCAGUUGAUAAACACUGUGAGAGCUGUGAAGAAAAAACAAAAAAACAACAGACAGUGACAUCACCAACGAGUUCUUCUCUGGUGUGCUUCCUCCUCCACACAAUGUCUUUUGACUUUAUAAUUUCAAGUAUGUAUUCAUAAGCAUAAAAAAGAUACACUAUAUGGACAAAAGUAUUGGGACACACCUCUUACUUAUUGAAUUCAUGUGUUUCAAUCAGAUCCAUUGCCACAGGUGUAUAAAAUCAAGCAGCUAGCCAUGCAGUCUGCAUUUACGAACAAACAAGAGCUCAGUGAAUUUAAGUGUGGUACUGUGAUAGGAUGCCACCUUUGCAAUAAGUAAGUUUGUGAAAUUUCAUCCCUGCUAGAUAUUCCACGGUCAAUUGUAAGUGGUAUUAUUGGAAAGUGGAAACAUGUAGGAACAGCAGCAACUCAGUUUCUCUAGAUAUUCCACGGUCAAUUGUAAGUGGUAUUAUUGGAAAGUGGAAACGUGUAGGAACAGCAGCAACUCGGAAGACCACAUAAAGUCACAGAGCCAGGUCACCGAGUGCUGCGGCGCAUAAAAGUCGCCAACGCACUGCUGAUUCCGUAGCUGAAGAGUUUCAAACUUCCACUGGCAUUAAUAUCAGCACAAAAACUGUGCAGAAGGAGCUUCAUGGAAUGGGUUUCCAUGGCCGAGCAGUUGCAUGCAAGCCUCACAUCACCAAGUACAAUGCCAAGUGUCGGAUGGAGUGGUGUAAAGCAUGCCACCACUGGACUCUGGAGCAGUGGAAACGUGUUCUGGAAACGAAUCACGUAUCUGUUUGGCAGUCUGAUGGGCCAGUCUGGGUUUGGCGGAUGCCAGGAGAAUGUUACCCACCUGACUGCAUUGUGCCAACUGUAAAGUUUGGUGGAGGACGGAUAAUGGUAUGGGGCUGUUUUUCAGGGGUUGGGCUCAGCCCCUUACUUCCAGUGAAGGGAAAUGUUAAUGCUUCAGCAUACCAAGACAUUUUGGACAAUGCUAACUUUAUGGGAACAGUUUUCUAUUCCAGCAUGACUGUGCCCCAGUGCACAAAGCAAGGUCCAUAAAGACAUGGUUGGAUGAGUUUGGUGUGGAGGAACUUGACUGGCCUGCACAGAGCCCUGACCUCAACCCCAUCGUACACCUUUGGGAUGAACUGGAAUGGAGACUGCCCUUCUCAUCCAACAUCAGUGCCUGACCUCACAAAUGCUCUGCUGGAUGAAUGGGCAAAAAUUCCCACAGAAACACUCCAAAAUCUUGUGGAAAGCCUGCCCAGAAGAGUGGAAGCUGUUAUAGCUGCAAAGGGGGGACCAACUCCAUAUUAAUGUCUAUGUAUUUAGAAUGCGAUGUCAUUAAAGUCCCUGUUGGUGUAAUGGUCAGGUGUCCCAAUACUUUUGUCCAUAUAGUAUAUGUUUAAGUAAAAACGAAAUUGAUCAGGGGAAAAAAGUAUUCAGAUAUCACAAAUUAGCAAUGUUAGUACUUUGUGGCAAAGCUGUUGUUGGCAUUUAAAGCUUCUAGAAGUGUACAGUAAAAAGUAAUUAAAUCUUUGCAGGAUUGUGGUUUAUUUUAGCCCAUUCCUCUUAGCAAAUCAUCUUCAAUUCCACAAAGUUACAACUUAUAUUUGGGGCCAUUUCUAGCUGAACCUGUAACUAGCAGGACAUGUAAUUUAAUAAUUUUCUGCAAAGGUUAAAAUUAAAAUAUUAUCAUUAUGU